CAGAGACGUAUUACGUAAAUACACGCUGGAUUCGUGCAAUAUAUGCGUAUUAUGUGUAUUAAAGUAGCUGCCUAUAAAAAUAAUAGUUAAAAUAUCAUAAAUCCGAGUUUUCUUAUUUCGAUUUUUACACUAAUUGAUAUUUUUAAUUUAUGUAAAUUUAUCUAUGUAAUUAUAUCUCUCGAUUCAAAGAUAAGAUAAUUUUUAAUUAUUACUAUUAAUUCAGUACAUGAAAAAAAAACUGAUGGCUUGAAAUAAAUUGCUUGCAACCCUGCUGUUAAAUUUGACUGCUUAAACACAUCAAAAUUCGCAACAUUAUUGUUAGUUGAAUGAUUAAAUUGGUGUUAAAAAAAAAUGUCUGAAGAACCUCCAAAAAUCCGUUUUAAAAAUCCACAAUACAGUUAUAUUGAACCUGGUGGCAAAAAGCACGUCUUCAAAUCACUGAAACAAAUACUGGCGGUGGAAAAAACCCAACAGUGGCCAGAAGGCACUAUGUCUUACUCCUCUUUCAAUGCGCCACCCUCUUUGCGACCACCUAAAAAAUAUUCUGAUAUAUCGGGACUGAUUGCACCGUACACUGAUCCUCACUCUAAGUUGCGUUAUGCGAAUUCUGAAGAAUAUGCGGUGGUGAAGACUUUGCCUUCCGAUAUUGUGGCUGGUUAUUUGGCGUUACGUGGUGCCAGUAGUAUUGUUGGCUAAUGAUUAUCAAAUUUAGACUUAAUGGAUAUAAUAAGCUUAUUAAUUAAGAACGAAAUGAAAAGUUAUUUAGUAGAACUAUAAGGUCAUAAAUGCUGCAGUUUCCCGAAAAAUAUUUACAAUUCCGCAUAUACUUACACACA